AUGAAACUCGUGGCAUUGCUGACUUCUGUCUACACAAGAUUUGGCCUUCCGGUUGGGCACUUGCAUGGAGCAACAAGUUCUGAAGAUGCUUGGAAUCAAAUAUUGGCAGAAGCUUCCAGACUAUGCAAACAAGAAUACAACCCUAACUACCAAGGAGAAGAAUCACCAAGGCAACUUCAUCAAGGAUAUUUGCGUAUCUGUGGCAGAACAAAGGACUCGCAGCAUAGGACUACCAUUAAGUCGGAGCACAAGGAGGUGAUCUACAGAAGGUUGAAUCCUGCAAAAAUCAGUAAUAGUGUUGCAUGGAUUCGGAAGACCAACACGGAAGAGGAUGGCUAUAAUGGCCUGCUAGGUGUGUGCGAUUAUCAUCCAAGGGUGUUUCAGAAACACAAGGAUAUUGUAUGGAAAAAAGAAGGGUUUUCCUUUAAAAAUUUCACUCCAUGCAAUGCUCCCGCGACGCCUAUACAACCAGUUGAGAGGUUCUCUGAAGUGCCAAGUCCACCAAGAACUCCUGAAACUCCAAGUGCAGCUGCAAUGAUGGAAUUCUUGAAUAACAUGGAUGAAGAAUCCCGUAAUGGCCUUCUCGCAAAGUUCACGACACCUCCCAAGAUCUCAGACCUGAAUGGGGAUCCCACUGGGGAUUCAUUCAGCACUCCAGCCAAGACUCGAGCUAGGGACUCCCCUCACUUGCCAGAUUCCAGUCCUACCAAGACUCCAACUCAGGAUUCACCUCACGUAAAUGGAGAAGAUGAUCCUUUGGGCAAGAUGGCAAAUUCACUGAAGAAUCGGGGCCUGGAACCCCUAGAUGGUUCUGAUAGUUCUGAUGAGGAGCAACUAUUCAAGACUUUCCCUCCAAAACCAAAGAAGAAGAAAGGGGUGUUGAAAACGAAAACAAAGGAUAAAACCCUCCUUCCCAAGAAAGCAAAGACAAACAGGCCAAAGCAAGUUACUCCUUCUAAGAGCUCCAACCAUUCUACUGCUGGGGCGAAACUGUCCAAGAAUGACGAGCCACCACAAACACCACCACCUCCUCCCACAUUCCCUGAACCCAUUGCGUGCGAUCCUUCAUUGCAUCUUGACAUUGCAAACUUCACUAAGUUUGAAAAAUCCUAUUUCACACCAGCAAUCAGAUCCAAACAUCCAGAAUGGGCUGAGAAAUGUAUUCAGUGUGAACAGAGCAUUUGGGAACAGCCAGUCAAGGAUGUUUGGAUGUGUGAGAAUACAAAGAAAGCCAAUUGUUGUUGUAAGUAUGCCUUGUGUAAACCCUGUUGGAUGCAGAGACUCCAAAAGGGAGUCAUGGGGCACCUAGCACUUGCCUCUCCCGAGAAAAGGCGGUUAAAUGAAGAGGGCAGGAUUUUGGAGGAAGAGGAUGGAUUUGCACCUCGUAAAAGUGCUAGAAAGAGGAUCAAGCUUUCAGACAAAGAGAAUAAAACCUAUCAAUUCAAUACUUGA